UUGCCUGAACAACAAAAUACAUACGUGGAGGUGGACAUGGAUUAUGAAUGGGUAAUUCCUCAGGCAUUGGAAUUUUCAAAGUCUAAGUGGACCCCCUUUGCUGGGAAAAAGGUCUGUGGAGCUAUUCAUCGCGUGACCCUUCGAGGUGAAAUAGCCUACGUUGAAGGUCAAGUCUUGGUACCGCCUGGAUUUGGUCAAAAUGUACGUGACUGGCCAACACCAAAAAAACUUGCUCAUCCUAGUACUGUAUCAGAGAAACUAGAAAAAGAGACCAGUCGACCAAACUCUUCAUUAGAUUUUCACAGUUCUCUGGAAUUUAUUAAAGUUAACGAUCUAGACGUAGACCAGGCUGAAGUCACUAGGUCAGAUCAAAAUAAACUAAAUGUUCAUUUCCACGAGGACUCUGGUUUAAGAAGCGUUUCUCCCUUAAUUCCACAAACUACUAGACAAAGAUUAGACAGUUCAUCUUAUCCAUCACAUGCAGCGGCACCUAAUCGUCAAAGAAGUGAUUUAUUUGGAAAAAGUAUAUUGACAGUCGACACAUUCGGAAAAGAAACAUUGAAUGAUAUAUUCAAUUUAGCACAAUUUAUGAAAACUAAUGUUACAAAGGGACGUGUAUUAGAUGACAUUUUACGUGGUAAAGUCAUGGCAUCAAUAUUCUAUGAAGUAAGUACGAGAACGAGUUGUAGUUUCGCAGCCGCCAUGCAAAGACUUGGUGGAUCUGUGAUCCAUACGGACGCAACGAGUUCGUCAGCUAAAAAAGGAGAAACUCUAGAGGACAGUGUGACUGUUAUGGCCAGCUACGCAGACGUCGUAGUACUCCGUCAUCCAGAACCCGGUGCAGUGACACGUGCGUCAAGACACUGUCGGAAACCAAUCAUAAAUGCUGGGGAUGGUGUAGGUGAACACCCCACUCAAGCCCUUCUGGAUGUUUUUACUAUUCGAGAGGAAAUCGGUACCGUUAAUGGCUUAACCAUAACGAUGGUCGGUGAUUUGAAAAAUGGAAGAACUGUUCACUCUUUAGCCCGACUUCUUACUCUGUAUCAAGUACAACUACAAUACGUAAGUCCGCCUGGACUUGGAAUGCCUAAACAUAUAAUGGAUUACGUAGCAUACAAAGGCAUUCCUCAAAAAGUAUAUGAACGCUUAGAAGAUGUUCUCGGCGAAACUCAUGUUCUAUAUAUGACGAGGAUUCAACGAGAACGAUUUGAAAGUGAGCAAGAAUACGAAAAGAUGCGAGGUCUGUUGGUGGUUACACCACAACUUAUGACACGAGCCAAACGCCGUAUGAUAGUUAUGCAUCCACUUCCUCGUGUCGAUGAAAUUUCACCUGAAUUUGAUACCGAUCCACGGGCAGCUUAUUUCAGACAAGCGGAAUACGGAAUGUAUGUCCGUAUGGCGUUACUUUCCAUGGUCGCUGGAGUCAAUCCUCUCACAUGA